AUGACGAUCGAAUGGCAAACCAUCUCUGCGCAGUACUGCGCGAAUCGCGAUAGCACGAUUCCUCCCUCGAUGAAGCUGAAAAGCGAUCCUCCAAAGGAUAUGCUAAACGUUACCAAUGUGCCCAAAACUUGCGGACUCUUGUCCCCAAAAGAGUUGGAGCUAACCGAGAACUAUGACGCUACUGGUUUGGCCGACUUGAUCAAAGAACACAAAACGACAAGUAAAGAGUUAGUGGUGGCCUUUUGUAAGCGCGCCGCUAUUGCCCAACAAUUGCUCAAUUGCGUGAACGAAUUGUUGUUGGAAGAAGCGCUGGAACAAGCUACGAAACUCGACGAAUAUUAUGCAACGACGGGCCAACUCGUCGGUCCUCUCCAUGGCGUCCCCAUCUCUGUCAAGGAACACAUCAGUUUGAAAGGACAUACCGCAACCGCCAGCUUUUUAGCUAAAGCCAACGAGAUUGCCGAAGCGGACUCUGAUAUCGUUCAAACCAUCCGUAAAGCAGGCGGUGUGUUUUAUUGUCGUACUUCUCAACCCCAAAGCCUCAUGCAUUUGGAAACGUCGAGUCCUUUAAUGGGCACCACCCUCAAUCCCUUCAACCGAAAACUCACACCCGGUGGCUCUUCCGGUGGUGAAGGUGCCCUUUUGGGGUUACGAGCUUCUGUCCUGGGCAUUGGCAGUGAUAUCGGCGGCUCCAUCCGUUCGCCUGCUGCCAAUAAUGGUCUUUAUGGUUUCCGUCCUUCCACGCUACGCUUGUCCCGAAAAGGCUGUCAAGGCGCCGUGAAAGGCCAAGAAUCCAUCCUUGGUGUUGUAGGUCCUUUGGCACAGAGUGCUCGUGACUUAAAUUUGUUUAUGAAGGCUUGUAUGGCUGGAGAGCCUUGGUUGGAGGAUGCUUCUAUCGUGCCUCUUCCCUGGCGCACCCCAAAUUUGCCUACCAAACUAAAAAUCGGCAUUAUGCGUACCGAUCGGGUGGUUACUCCUCAGCCUCCCGUUCAAAGAGCCAUGGAGAUUGUCAUAGACAAACUCAAGGACUCUCCUGAGUAUGAACUCAUCGACAUCGAACCAUUCAAACACAAGUAUUCUUGGGAUCUUAUUUCCGAGCUGUACUGGCUUGAUGGUGGUAAAGCAUGCUAUGACUUGUUUGCACAGGUUGGCGAACCCCUAGAGCCAUUGACCGAGUGGAUCCUUAAACAGCCCAAUGUAAAAAACCACGAUGUGGCUGGAGUUUGGAAGCUUGUGGCGGAUCGUGAUGAAUACCGGAAUCAAUACAUCAAGCAUUUACAGGCCUAUGGAGUCGAUUUUGUCUUGUGUCCUGCCGGACCCGGUCCUGCGCCCAGAUUAGGAGAAACGAGAUAUUGGACCUACUUUUCCGUUUGGAAUUUGCUUGAUCUUCCUUCUGCUGUUUUUCCCGUGACCAAGGUGGAUCCAGCUUUGGAUGUCAAGGAUGAAUCUUACGAACCCAUGAAUGAUGAUGACGCUUUCUAUUAUCAAAACUACAAACCAGAAGACUAUAAAGAUGCUCCCGUCGGUUUGCAACUGGUCGGAACACGUUGGGAAGAUGAGAACUUGUUGGCAGCCCUUGAAAAGGUUGUGAGAAUACUCUAA